AUGAACAUCUUCAAGUCAUUUGUGUUACUCGCAGUCUCGUUACUUUUUCUCUGUCUCUUCGUCAACCGCUAUCGUCGUGGGUUACAUUUACCACCUGGACCAAAGGGACUACCUGUCGUCGGAAAUUUUCUCGAUGUACAGCGCCUGCAGAAGAGUAACGAACUUCCUUGGGUCACAUAUACCAAAUGGUCGCACAUCUAUGGCGACAUAUUCACCUUCCAUGUUCUCGGAUCCCGCACAAUUGUUUUGAACUCUUACAAAGCAAUCAUGGAGCUUCUGGACCGCAGAUCUCACAACUACUCUGACAGACCAUACCAACCAAUGCUCAAUGAUCUGGUGAGGUGGAAAUGGAUGUUUGCUUUCAUGCAUUAUUCUGACUGGUGGAGAUUACACCGGAGGACCUUUCAUCAAUUUUUCCAACCUCGAGUUGUAUCAGAUUACUAUGAAAUUCAGAAGGAGAGGACCUCUUUGUUGAUCCAGAAUCUAGCGACCUCACCGAAAGAUUUCUUUGAACAUGUCAGGGCCCAUUCCGGAGGAAUUAUUCUUGAAAUAACUUAUGGUUAUCGUACCCAAGACGAGAUCGAUCCGUACAUUAAACUGGUCGAUGUCGCGAUGGUAGGAAUGAAUGCAUCCGGCCUUCACGGAACGUACUGGGUCGACUAUUUUCCUAUGCUAAGACAUGUUCCGUUCUGGUUCCCGGGUGCAAGCUUCAGAACCAGGGCCGAAGCGUGGGCUCGGGAUACAGAUCGGCUAAUAAACAUCCCAUGGAAGCUGCUCAAGGAACGCAUGAACGAAGGAGACACGGUGCCGUGCUUCGCUACCCGAAACUUGGAGAAAUUCAAAUUAUCACCCACUUCAAGCAACGACUCGUCGGAGUCCGUCAUGGAGGAAGUGAUAAAGGAUUGUGCAGCCAAUUCUUUCCUUGCCGCUGCAGAGACGACUGUGUCGGCCAUUCUGUCUUUCAUUUUGGCGAUGAUGUUGAACCCUCAAAUCCAAGCGCGAGCGCAGAAAGAACUCGAUGAAAUCACUGAUUCUAAUAGACUUCCCGAUUUCACUGAUCGUGCAAAUUUGCCAUAUAUCGAUGCUGUCCUUUCAGAGACUCUACGAUGGAAUCCUGUUACGCCGUUAGGUCGAUCUCUUCCGGUUCAUUGGGGAUUCGAAGUCGAUGCUAAUACACGUAUGGCAGCUCUCCCUCAUCGGGCUCUGAAUGAUGAUGUAUAUGAAGGGCAUCUCAUACCUAAGGGAUCGACCAUAAUCCCCAAUGCCUGGGCUGUUUUGAGGGAUGAAUCUCUUUAUGGCCCCGACACACAAAACUUCGACCCAGAUCGGUUCUUGAAACAGGACGGAAAGAAUAUCCCGCCGAACCCGGAGCUCCUUGCAUUCGGGUUCGGUAGAAGAGUCUGUCCUGGGCGCUAUCUUGCGAUCAACUCACUUUGGCUUGCGAUGACCUAUCUCCUCGCGAGCUAUACUAUGGCUAAAGAAAUUGAUCCAGUUGUUGAAUAUUCGUCCGGGAUAACCAGUUGUCGUUUUAUCCCAAGGUCAUCGGUCACGUCGUUCAACUAA